GUCUAUUAUACUUUGAACUGUCGAUCCGAGCAACACAACCAGCAGUGAGGUACUGGGCGACAGUCACUCGAUUCAACACUGCAACGUCAGUUCGACCUCAGAUCAAACAUUUCCAGCUUAAGUUUCCUCUAUAGGCCUAAACUCCGAUCAGCCAUGGUGUUCAAAUAUCUUUGGUUGCUGUGGGCCUUGUGUAUCAUGGGCGAGGAACUCGGCCCGCAAAGCUGCGAAAACGGGUGUCGUCUAGCUACCACAUCAUGGACACGAAUCAACGGGGGCUUGAAGCACGUUUCUGUUGGUAAUUCAGGGGUGUGGGGUGUCAACCACAAAAACCAGAUAUACUACAAAGGCAACUCGUACGGGGAAGAAGAGAGCGCAACCUGCGAGGUCUGGGUAGGGGUCUCUGGCGCUCUGAAACAGCUCGAUGUUGGUAAAAACGUAGUCUGGGGAGUUAACGUUCAUGAUUAUAUCUAUUAUCGGCGGGGCAUAUCUGCCACUAAGCCGAAGGGUACAGAUUGGGCUCGGAUUCCUGGUGCUUUGAAACAUGUUAGUGUCAGCCAAAGGGGGCACGUUUGGGGCGUCAACAAGCAGGACUACAUCUACCAUCGCAUUGGGGCCAGCAAUUGCAAUCCGGCCGGGGACAGUUGGCUGAAACUGAAUGGGCGGCUGAAACAGAUCUCGGUGGGCAGCGGGGGUGUGUGGGGAGUCAAUUCGGCCGACAGCAUCUACUACCGGGUGGGUACCUACGGUGACCCCCCGUCAGAUCCCAAUGGUAGCGGCUGGAAGCAUAUUGCCGGCAAGUUGAAAUACAUCAGUUCGGCCGAUACGAUUUAUGGGGUGAACUCAAACAAUAACAUUUACUACCGAGUGGGCGUGUCGGAAGGGACACCCUGGGGUACAAGCUGGAAAAAGAUUUCAGGGGGACUGAAACAAAUCGAGUCUCUUUCGUGCGUGGUGUGGGGUGUUAACCGCAGUGACAAUAUUUACAAGAAGAAAACCGAUGGUUAGAAAGGAACAAGACUAGGUGAACGAAAUAACCGCAAUAAGAUUCGAUUACAUUCUAAUUCAGUAAAUACAAAAGAUGGUGAUGGGGAUUUUAUUGAUAAACUUUGUCAAUCUCUAAUUGGUGGUUGGUAUACGUAGACUCUGAACAAAUGAUUAUUUUACGAGAGAGAAAACUGCCUUAGUUCUCAGAUGAGAAGAGUAUGAUGUUUUAACAUCGUAGUAACGAUGUCUAGUGCACAAAGCCCAUUAUUUUCUUCAAGCUGAAAGGUUCUUGCUAUGGCUUCCUCGUAAAAUAUGUCAAAAUGGUCAGUUUUUAUCAGUGGCGUAAAUUUGUGCCGAAAAUGGGGGGUCGAGUGAUCGGGAAUUGUGGGGGAAGACUUGCCCAGCCAUGUAAAUUUGAAAGGGGGGGUGUGUGUUGCCGACGGUAGACAUCAUUUUAUGAGGAAAUAUUCAUGACACAGAUGUACAUCUGUCAUUAUGUAUUACAUUCAUACAGAAUCUUACAUAAUAAUGGAACAUUGUUUACUUUUUAUUGCUUUUCCGUAUGAGUGGUAUUUUGGUCGUUGGGAAGUCCAAAAAAGACAUAACGUAUCCCCUGAAUGUUUUGCUCUCACGACAAAGAGUGGAGGAAGAUUCAGACUCGUCCCCCACCCUUAAAUAGUGAGGGAUAUAUAUCCCCAUCCCUCCAGGAUUUACGCCCACGAUUUUUAUUUAAACAAAUACGUCUAAUUAAAGUGAAACCUAACAAUUGGAUCGAAGAAAUUAUGUUAAAACAACUGGUUUUAGGAGUGGGGGCCCAUACGGGCACGGAAAAGACGAGAACAGCUUUUUCAUAAACUCCAUGUAUAAUAAAGGGGUCGAUUUUCUAGCAGGAAAUCUCCUGUUAAAAUGGAAACAAAACUUUGAUAGAAGAACUCCCCUUAAAAAACCUUCUUUUAGAAAAAGCAGUGUGUAGUACACCAUUCAUGGUAUUGCUCGAAGGUGUCUUCACUUUUGGCCAAUUUUAUGUUCAGAUCUUAGCGAGUUUGCUUUAUGUUGAUGGAAUUCAAACUUGUGUUCCGUAAAAGCGAUUGGAGUUGUUUUUUGUUGGCACUUUUUGGAAGCAGUUAUAGGUCUACUUAUCACCUGUAGGUAUAAUACUGCAAUGAGGCAAGUUCAUAACUUCUAUUUCUCGUUUCAACCGUCUUUCAAACACGGUUACAUUUCUCGUUUAAUUAAAUUAACUUUGACUUGAUUCUGUUGAAGUGUUAGAAAAAUAUUAUAACAUGUAAGUCACGAAACGUAUGGCCGGCAUGGCAUUAUAAUCAUGUUGCGCAUUUUUAGAUGAAAUUAACAUGCAGUUUCUCAAUCUGUGUGUCAAUUACUGGUUAUUUAAUUAAUUUCAGAAUAUGUGUAAUGCCACACCUGUGUACCAACUUAUCUCCAUUUUAACUGUUCCAUCGGCUACUCGCAGCAGUAUUCUUUCUCAUGGACGGUUAAAGAUUCUGAAGAUUUCCAAUAUUGUUAAUCACGCAACAUUUUACCGUUUCACCCAGUACUGCAUGUUUCCUUCAUUAUGGGGAGCUCACGGAUCUUGAUCUUUUAUUUAUUCCGACUUGAACCAUGUAAUUUCACUGGAAAUAAAACAGAGCAGCAUGAAA